AUUGUUGAUGAUAUCGAAGGUGUGAGGCAGCAUUUCGCUGGAGAUGACCAGGUCAUCAUCUGCGGCGGCAGCUUUGGCGGGUUUCUGGCCCAGCACUACGCCAUCAAAUAUGCCCCAAACGUAUCACAUUUGAUUCUCAGAGGGACUGCGCCGUCUCAUCAUCACGAGGCCGGUGCGAUCAAGACCUUAGAGGCGAGGAUACACAAAGUCCCUAGCUUCUCUGUCGACAUGUUGAAGAACAAGGUGUUUGGUGCAUAUGAGAGCGAUCGCGAAUUUCAGUUGAUUUACUUCGCCAUGAUGCCGUUAUAUAAAGAGACGUUUGACCCUGAUGCAGGAUUGAAGAGCAAUCUGGACGGAGUGUACGUUGCCGAGUCCCACAAUGAUCUCUACUCUGAGAAAGAGAAAUACUUUGACUAUACCGAACAACUAUCUCAAAUAACAGCCAAGACUUUGGUAGUGGUCGGUGACAAGGAUUGGAUCUGUCCUCCGGAAAACUCCAAGUUGAUUGUUGAAAGAAUCCCUGAUGCCAAACUCCUGUUAGUUGAGGGUGCCAACCAUGCUGUACAUGCUGAAAAGCCAAAUGUGGUUCUAAGAGAGAUUCGGAAGCACUUGAGCAUCUAG